AUGGCGUUGGUGACGAUGAAGAGGAAAAGGGACUCGGACGCAGCAACGUCCUCGUCGACGAGUGGAGGUAACGAGUCACUGGGAGCUGAAUUCGAUGUGUUCUUGAAUUUUAGAGGGCCGGACACUCGCCUUAAUUUUACCGAUCACCUCUAUCACUCCCUGAAUGGAGCUGGAAUUCGCGUCUUCAUGGACAACGAAGAGAUCCGAAAAGGCGAAAAGGUUGGAGAAGAGCUUUGGCGUGCGAUCGACGACUCCAGAAUUUACGUUCCCAUCUUCUCCAGAGACUAUGCAUCGAGUGCGUGGUGUCUUCGCGAACUCGCCUACAUGGUGGAAUGCUCGAGAAGAUCAACGGAGAAAGUGAUUGUUCCCAUUUUCCUUGAUGUUGAUCCUCGCGAUGUUAAGCUCAGAACUGAAUUAUACAGUGAUGCCUUGAAAAAGCAUGAGGACAGGUUGGGCUACGAUAAAGUGCAACCAUGGAAGGAGGCUCUGACAGAGGUCGCUUCAAUCGGUGGAUGGGACUGCAGAGGUGAAAGGCAAGGAGAACUUAUAAAACUUAUUACCGAUGAGGUUUCAAUGAGACUGGCUAAAAAGAGUUCGAGUAGUGCCUGA